AUGGGUUUGUUUCGAAAUCCCAGUAUGAGAAGUGGGGAUUACUUGGAAGGAAUGCUUAGUGAUUAUGUUGGUGGAAAGGCAAAGUUGAGAACACAGAAGAGUCCCUCUGCUCGGCUUGUAACCGUGCUCACUUGUCUCCAAUUCGCCUUUGCAGUUUACGCCACAUUCCUCUUGUAUUACAUGAGUCCAGCUGUAGACUUGAGAACAACACCAGACUUUUCAUGGGCUACGCGAAUCGCGCAGCACUGGAAACAGUUCAUAAUCCAGCCACACGUUGUGAGCCGGUACCAAGAAGGUGCUUCUUUCGUCCAUGCUGAGGUCACUCCAUCAGAAGUUUGCGAGAAUGAGAAGAUUGAUUUUGUGCAGAAGAAGUCCAAUGAUGCCAUGAUGAUCAAGUUGAAGAGGGACCUCUAUGAUGAGGUAUUGCAGUUCCAAAGCAAGUCCACUGGUACCGAGACACUUUCUGAGCUCAUGGCAAUGAAGUCCAAGUGGGACUUAAAAGGUCCAAACAUCCCAAAGGUCACAGUUAUCUUAAACCAUUUCAAAAGAAAAACACUUUGCUCCCAACUUGAUUCUUUGCUUCAACAGACCCUUCCUUUCCAUCAUGUUUGGGUACUUGCAUUUGGUAGCCCAAAUGAGCUCUCACUUAAGAGAAUUGUAGAAAGCUAUAAUGACACUAGAAUAAGUUUCAUUAGUUCAACCUAUGAUUUCAAGUACUUUGGAAGGUUUCAAAUGGCCUUGCAGACAGAAGGUGAUCUUGUAUAUAUCCUUGAUGAUGACAUGAUUCCCGGUAGGAAGAUGUUACAGAUUUUAUCACACGUAGCCGGGACUGAGAAGUAUAAGAACUCUGUUUUGGGCAGUAUAGGAAGAAUUUUGCCUUUUAGGCAGAAGGAUUAUACCUUCCCAAGUUACAGAAAGUUCCGAUCAAAGGAGGCCGGGCUUUAUUUGCCUGAUCCUGCUUAUGACAUCAUGGUUGAUAAGAUUGUGCAGGUGGAUUUUCUUUCCAGCUCUUGGUUUCUAUCUGCAGAGCUUGUCAAGACACUUUUCAUCGAGGACCCCUUCACCUUCAUGACCGGAGAAGAUCUGCAUCUUAGCUAUCAGCUUCAAAAGUACAGAAAUGCUGGCUCAUUUGUUCUACCAGUUGAUUCCAAGGACAAGGAAACUUGGGGUGACAGUGAACACAGGCUUGCCUAUGUGUCCGAAACAACUGUAAUCUUUAAAGACAUAGUACAAGUCCGAGAUGAUCAAUGGUGGAAAGCACUCUCAACCGGUUAUGUGACACAGUGGGCUGCAAUGUAUCCUCAGAAAAUAGAUGCACUCUUCUAUGCCCACUCUGUUGAAGAAGUAAAAGCUCUUGCCCCUCUUUUGGAGAAGUUCAGAACCACUGUUGGCAAGAAGGCUUAUAUUGUAGCGUCUGGAGGCAAGUUUUGCCCUUGUGAAGAUGCUACCACAGCUUUGAAUUGGCCUAAGUCGGUGUGCAAGGAGAGAAGAUUUAAGAUUUUUGAUUUAGGAGUUGGUUCACCAACAGGAAUAUCAAACUCGGAGGUGCCUGUGUUACAAGCAGUGUACUCCAGCAUGAAAGGACUGAUCAAAAUUCAUAACCCGAGUGUGAUCAUCACGGUGGCUGAUAUUGAUUCUAAUGUGAAGAAAGCUUUGAAGAUGGCGUCAGAGACUAGUACAAACAGUUCAACAUUGGUUCUUUUACCAAGGUCUUCUGUGUCAAAGGUUCUUUGGAUGGCUGAUCUUCGGUCUACAGCAAUACCAAAUUGGAACAGAAUGCGGAUUUCUAUAAGCAUUAUUACCCAGAAUCGUGUUCAUUCGCUAACAAGGCUUCUCAACUCUCUAAGCAAUGCCUUCUAUGUUGGAGAUGAGGUCUCUAUCAGCUUCAACAUGGAUAGUAAAGUGGAUGAAGCAACUCUAAAACUUGUAAAUUCAUUCGAUUGGCCCCACGGCCCCAAAACCCUGAGAAGGAGGAUCAUCCAAGGGGGGCUCAUCCGAGCUGUGAGUGAGAGCUGGUACCCCACAUCAGAUGAUGAUUAUGGGCUCUUACUCGAAGAUGAUAUUGAAGUCUCUCCAUACUACUACCUGUGGAUUAAAUAUGUCCUCUUGGCCUACCAUUAUGACCCACAAAUCUCUCUCCCUGAGCUCUCCUCAAUCUCUCUUUACACGCCACGUUUGGUUGAAGUAGUAAAAGAGAGGCCCAAGUGGAAUGCAACCGAGUUUUUCAAGCACAUUCAUCCAAACACACCUUAUCUCCACCAGCUACCCUGCAGUUGGGGUGCAGUUUUUUUCCCAAAGCAAUGGAGAGAAUUCUAUGUCUAUAUGAACAUGAGGUUUACCGAAGAUGCCAAGCAAAAUCCAGUUCAAAUUCCAAAGUCUAGAACCAACGGAUGGCAAGCUUCAUGGAAGAAGUUUCUGAUUGACAUGAUGUACCUUAGAGGCUAUGUUAGUAUAUAUCCAAACUUCCCAAACCAGGCAAGCUUUUCGACUAACCAUAUGGAGCCCGGGGCUCAUAUCAGUGCAAAAGACAAUGUAGUAAGGCAUGACAAGUCUGAUUUUGAGGUGCCAUUGCUAAAGGAAGACUUCAGGAACUUUUUGCCUGGUGGGAAGUUGCCUCCGGCCUCAAAGGUGCCGUCACUGAACCUCUUCAACCAGGCUGUUUCUCUGAAAGGACUCAAGUCCGCAGGAUCAAAGUUGGGGCAGGAUGUGCUUAACUGCAGUACCACAGAGGUAGUGAUGGUUCAUCAUGAGACAGGUCUACCUUCACACUGUGCCAAAUUCUGAUGAUUCAAUUGUUGCUAAUGAUCAAUUCUUUUGUUUUUCUCUUUCCUCAAAAUAUUUGUUGUAAUAUUUUCAUUUUCACUUAAUGUUGGAGGGGGUUGGUUUUACAAGUAUUCUGAUCAGAAAUGAAUACUGGUGGUGAUUGGGUGGAUGAAGCAGUGGGAAUAAUGGUGAGCCACUGGUUCUUCCUUAUUUUGAUUCCCUGUCAAAAUGAAGGGGAAUAAGGAAUUCUUGGUGAGGAAUACAAUUAUGUUUUUGAUGUUUCAAUGCAGCCAUAAGUCUGUGUCACAAAGUGACACACACAAGAGCAACUUUCUUUA